AAUCAAAAGCCUCUCUAAAAAAUGAGAAGUGAUUUAUUUAUUAAUAGAGAAAAAUAAUGAUAAAGGCGGCGCAAGUGCUGCUGCCCUCUAUCGCUUUCGCUCAUAGCAUUACCAUUGACAGCUGCCUUCUUCCUCUUCUUCGUCCCCAGGAUUAUUCUUCCUCAAAGGGAUUCAGACCUAUUUCCACCACCAUCAACACCACCAAGAUGUCGGCGGCGACGGAAAGCUAUCAGUUCGGGCCUUACAAAAUAGACCCAAAAGAAGUGUUCUACGCCACCCAUCUUUCAUAUGCUAUGGUCAACCUCCGUCCCCUUCUACCGGGUCAUGUGCUUGUCUGCCCAAGGCGUGAAGUGAAGCGCUUUGUUGAUCUAACUGCUGAUGAGACCAGUGAUUUGUGGUUCACGGCAAAGAAGGUUGGCAGUCAGCUCGAGAGAUUUCACAGUGCAACCUCACUCACAUUUGCCAUCCAAGAUGGGCCGCAGGCAGGACAGACUGUGCCUCAUGUUCAUAUUCACAUCAUCCCAAGGAAAGGUGGUGACUUUGAGAAGAAUGAUGAGAUAUAUGAUGCAAUUGAUGAGAAGGAAAAGGAAUUAAAGCAGAAGCUGGAUUUAGACAAGGAAAGGAGUGACAGAAGCAUGGAGGAGAUGGCUCAAGAGGCAGAUGAUUACAGAUUGCUUUUCUUGUAGAUGAUCCAUCAAGAGAGACUUGUUAAAAGAAGGAAGUUGAAACCUAUAGUUUCCUUUACUAUCCAAUGCAUUAGUUCGAACAUUUGAUUCUUAGUUAAAACCUGAUUUGAAUUGCAGGUUUUAAAGGGAAAAUAACUAGUAGAUGUUAUGAAUGCGUUUUCUUACAUUACACAACUCGGUUGACGUUGACAUCUUUUAUUUUUAAGGUAUUCCAGGAAUGAUGAUACCAUGUGUAUAA